CAUACAUUCAUCACACUCGUAACCACAAUCAAAACAAUCACGCACGCACGCACGCAUAUCUCCCACAAAUAUAACGACUACUUUCCACUAUCGUAAAUUCAUUCAGCAUGCCUCCGGCGAACACUACAGGCAACCCGCUCAGCGCGGGCUCCCUCUCCCUCUUCAUGGCAGCUAGUCUGCCUAAAACGCCAUCUCCGCAACUCAAGAACGCAACAGAAGCCAUAGCACUAGCGGUACACGCUGGGAUGAUUGGAGUAGGCUUUAGGUUAAUAGGUCUUGGCGAUGAUGAUCGGAUAGAAGCAAAUGCAGACGCGCAAAACCCAGAACCUCUCCCCACAGAAUGGAACGCUUCGUCGACGUAUGCGUUCCGAUACGCACAUUCUCAGUCGUCAAUGGAAUAUCUUGUAAAGGUCAACCGCUUGGGCGGUAAAGCGGUUGUGCUUGGUCUUGCACUUGGAGACGAUAAAACGACGACCUUUGAAGUCACCUCAAAAGACUACCUCUCAGAGUCAUCAAUACCAGUCUCAAUAGCGGAGGAUGCAUCGAAGGAAGACGCGGCAAAGCAGUUACAGGACGUUUUCAUAUCAGCGGGUCGCCUCAAUGACCUUGGCUCUCUCCUCAAGAUCUCUAUAAUUCAAAAGCUUGCACCAGGACUUCAGAAAGAGGGCUACGAGGACAAUUCGCAGACACAAGACAACCGCAGUCAACCAGGAAGAGGGGUGGGCGAACCCAGGCAACCACCGACAAAUGAGCCAGAACCAGCGCGGCCAUACCCCUUCGAAGACCCCCUACGAGCACCACCUCGACAAGGCCAACGGCCGCUGCCAGAACCCAUUCCAGGCUUCGAAGAUGAAUACGAAAUCAACAGACCGCCUCGGUAUCCGCUCCACGACGGCGGCUUACGCGGUGGAUACGGUCAGAGCGAUCUAUAUCCACCCGGCCUUGGGCCCCACGAUCCUCUCCGUCCGCACCUCGGCGGCGGUCUUCCGCGGCCUGGUGGGUUUGGAGGGGGCAUGCAUCCCACGUUCGACGACCCGUUGUUUGGUGGAGUAGGUGGUGGUGGUCCUGGAGGCUACGAUCCCAUGGCGCCGCCAGGAGCACGAUUCGAUCCUGUAGGGCCAGGCUCGGCGCCGCGAGACAAUCGCGGUGGCAGGUUUCCUGGAGGAGGAGGGUUUGGAGGUGCCGGAGGCGGUGGACUCGGGGGUCCUCCGAACCCCUUUGGAGGGUUUGGUAGUGGAGAUUUCAUCUGAGAUGAUGGGUUCUUGACUGUUGGUCCAUGUAGCUGAAGCACUACAUGCGACCGAUGCCGUUACGAUUAGUAUGAUGAAAAUGAACAAAAAUUGAUGAAUGGUUCC